CAUGAACACAUAUUUAUAAAAACAGUGGUAAACAAUAUUAAUUUACAGCAUAAAAUUAGUAUUUGGGGGCUAUAAAUAUUAAGACAAAACAAUAACCGAACAUAGUAUAGUUCUAGCUCUAAAAUGAAUCGUUACUGUUUAUCUGUGUUCUUAGUUGCGCUUGCAGUACUAGGCGUAGUACUAGGCGCCCCAGAGAAGUCGUUCGAGGAAAAUUUGGCAAUUCUCAGGAAAAUAAAUUUGGAUGAAGUACUUCCGAAUGACCGCCUUGUCAAAAGUUUUGUCGAUUGUAUGUGCGGUACAAAAACUUGCACCCAUGAAGGAACGGCUUUGAAAGCAACCUGGAAACAGCUUCUUGACAAUCGCUGUAAAGAAAAGUGCACCGAAGAAGAUAAGACAAAAGUAAAACAAGUUAUAAAGCAUCUGUAUGUAAAACACCGCAAUUGGUGGGACGAAUUAGCUGCACAAUUAGAUAAAGAUGAGGAAUACCGUAACAAAUACAAGAAACAACUCGAAGCUAUUGUUAAUGAUGAUUCUAUAAAAGUAUAAAUAAAUAAUAGUUUUUAUUUAAUAUUUUUGCCAAGUUUAAUAUGUGGAGAAUAUUUGUUAAAUAAAUUUGAAAAUCAA